CUGGAACUCCUUUUGGAUGAGCCAGAUCGAUACGAGUCUUUGAUCUAACAUGCAACUGCAAGCGUUUCUCGUCUUCAUGGUAUCCUCGUCAUUAACAACAGCCUCGAUUCCCCAUAUCCUGUUGAUCGUCGUCGACGAUUUGGGCUAUUCCGACGUCGGGUGGAAAGAUCCUGAGAUGUACACCCCGAACAUAGACCGCCUGAGGGCGAACGGGGUGGAGCUGACCAACGCGUAUGCAGGGCCGUCAUGCACCCCUUCCAGAACUGCAUUCAUGACGGGUAUCUACCCGUACCGCAUGGGCAUUCAAGACGAUGGAUUUCGAGGUAUUAUGAACAUUUCCGUGCCCCUUGACAAGAAGAUGUUGCCGCAGAGUAUGAAGGAGCUCGGUUACGCCACGCACAUGGUGGGCAAGUGGCACCUGGGAUUUUGUCGUCCGGAAAUGACACCUAUUGGCAGAGGGUUCGACACCUUCUACGGUAUGUACCACGGCGCCUCAGACCAUUUUUACCAUAAUAGUAGUUGGAACGGCUAUGACCUCUCCUUCAACAACACACCUGCGUGGUCCGCCAAUGGCACCUAUUCCACAUACCUACACACUCAGAGAACCAUCGACAUUUUACAGACCCACAAUCUAUCCCAGCCUCUCUUCCUCUACCUGGCUUAUCAAGCCAUACACGAGCCAUUGCAGGUGCCUGAACACUACGUCAACACAUUUUGCUCACACGUCAUCACGUCAGAAGACCGGAAGACGCGUUGUGGGAUUGCAGCGGCCAUGGACGAGGGCAUCGGUAACAUCACGCGCGAGCUGGAAGACCGGGGCUACAUGGACAACCUGCUCAUCGUCUUCACCUCGGACAACGGCGGGCCCGUCAACGUAGCCUCCAGCAACUGGCCGUUGAGGGGGGGCAAAAAGACUCUGUGGGAAGGAGGAACCAAAGUCUUGAGUUUCCUCUACAGCAAGACACUGCUGAAUGGCAACACAUCCUACAGUGGAAUUGUGCACGCCGUUGAUUGGCACCCGACUCUGCAACGAGUAGCUGGUGGUAAAGGAACCAUUCCGGGUAUAGACGGCCUUAAUCUCUGGGAAAGCAUCUCCACCAAUGGAGCAAGUCCACGGCAGGAAUUUGUCUACAACCUCAGUGACACCACAAAUCGUUCUGCAAUCCGUUUCAAAAAUUACAAGCUGACAUGGAACAGGCCAGGAUCACCCACUCUGUGUACUAACCUUUUUCGUUCUUCCAAUCCUUGUGUGUGUGUGUCUCUGUUAUUUGAAUAACAUACUUGUGAACCUUACUGUAUUCUGUAGCCGGCUGGUACAAUCCUCCACCUGGUGUAGACGCCCCUCCUUCGUCAAAUUACUCCAAGGUGUACUUGCUGUUUGACCUCGCCGCUGACCCCACGGAGACGACGGACAUCAGCAAUCGGUCAAACGUGAAGAGUGUCCUCACGUACAUGAAGAACAAACUGUUGGACCUCAGGCUCAACAUGCCACCUUCCCUGCACCCGACCACACUGGAUGCUGGGAAACCGCAGAACUGGGGUGGGGCCUGGACAACCGGAUGGUGCUGACCAUGAGGACUUACUGCAGUCCUACGCAUGUUCCCGUGGCAGCACCACUCGCAUGUGGAAUCUGAUAGACUUCUGAAAAUGAAAUAAAAGUUCAAAUAAAAUAUUUGU